AUGCGGACCCUCCGCGCCCUCGCUGCGCACCUCCUCCUGGCAGAGCUCGCGGCUGCGACCGAUGGUGGCGGCGCCGACGAGGGCGGAGGCGACGAGGGCGGGGGCGGACCUGAGGCCGCGUGCGACGGAUCUUCUUGCACUGUGGGCGACAUCCGCGUUCAGGCACUCUCUCCCAUCCUGCUCCGCGUGGAGCCGAAGGGCCCCAACGGCUUCGAGGACCGGACCACCUUCACGGUGGUGAACCGCGACUUCGAGGGGCUCACGCUGGAGCAGGACAAGAAGUCGGGAAACUUGAAGACAGACCACUACACCAUUCAGGUUUCAGAUGGGGCGGUCAAGGUGUGGGAUGCCGAAGGCCAAGAUGCGUACGACUCGGGGUCGAACCCUGCCUCGAGCAUGUUGCAUUGGCCAGCACCUUAUUCCUGCGCCGGCUACGCGAUCAUGGACUAUCCUCGCUUCUUCAUGCCAGAGUGGAAGGUUACACCUCAGGAGGAUGCUGGCGACAACAACGGUUAUGAUUUUAGCAACGACGUCUCGGGCGACACGUAUAUUUUCCUGAUGGGAAAGGGCAUUGAGGGCUGGAAUGCUGCACGCAUGGAGUUCGCAAAGCUGACAGGUCCUGUUCCUCUUAUUCCCGACUGGGCAUUUGGCACGUGGUUCACGUGGUGGCAUUUCUACACGGAGGAUGUCGCGAAAUCGGAGGUCCAGCGCUGGAUUGACGAUCAGGUGCCGCUCGAUGUGUGGGGGCUUGACAUGAACUGGCGCAUGACAGAAGGUGGCGCUGAUCUGCAGUAUGACCAGCCCAACGGAUCCUCUUUCCCAGACUACGGGGAGUGGUUCACCUGGCUUGCGGAGAGAGGAAUCCACACGUACUUCAACGACCACCCUGGCCAGCAGGCCCCUCAGACGUCUCCGACCGAGGUCAGCUUCCGCUGGAAUGGCCUCACCUCGUGGAUGGAAAAGGGGCUCACGUUCUGGUGGUUUGACCACAACUGGAAGUUCUCCAUCCCCCCGCCGAACGCAGGUGAACCGGGAAACGUCGACGGGACAGCAAACGCGGUAUGGGAGGGGCUCACCACAUCUUGCUGGGGUUCGCACGUGUACUACUCAAUCGCGGAGCAGUACAACAAGAAUAACCGUCCAGACGACGACUUUCACGGCGGCCGCCCCAUCAUUCUUUCGAUGCAGGCUCCGCACAAUGAGAUCAGUGGCUACAACCUAGACAACCCUCUCGUCGAAGGUGCCAUUGCGGCCCCUCUUGAUUCGUACAAGAUGUCCGAGCACCCUGCGCACCACAGGUACCCUGUUUGGUGGAAUGGCGACUUCGCAACCAUGAACAACAACUUGGAAGCGAUGGUGGACGGAGGAGUUCAUGACCUCAAGCCGUACGUUCACCCAGACUGUGGCGGCGACGGUUGGUUUACCACCGUCACGGAGCUCCUGCGCCAGACACAGAUGUGCGCAUUUGGCACGAUUCUGCGGUUCCAUGGCGGGCCGCACCAGCCGUGGAUCUACGGAGAUUGGUGGGAGGACAACAUCCGUCACUACAUCGUGUGGCGCUACAAGUUCCUGCCAAUGAUCAUCGCUGGCGGCCAGCGGGCCACCAAGACGGGCUUCCCGUUCGUGGCGCGGUGCGACCUGUAUUGGCCGGAGCUCGGAGAGUCCAGUUCGUCCAACCACCAGUUCAUGUUCCUCGACGACAUCCUCGUGGCGCCCAUUUUUGAUUCCAGUGACAACUACACCGAGAGGGAUGUUUGGAUUCCGCCAGGUGCUUGGCAGGAUGCCUGGAGUGGCGAAGUGCAGUAUGGGCCAGCGGAUCUGCAUGUCGGGCAGCCGCAGGACCGCAUGCCAAUGUGGAUCAGGAUGGAUGGCGGCAUGCUCAUUUGGACGGACAACCCAGGUCUCUCCGUCGCGGCAGGCGAUUGGUCAAAACUUGUCGUCGAGGUCUGGCCGUGCCCAAGGGCUCUCGAGACGGUGCGCACCAUCUACGAGCGCAGCGUCGAAGAGGAUCCGCCAAGCCAAAACGUCACACUGUCCACUGAUGGUUCUGGUACGGCGACUAUCCAGAUGGACAAGUCCGAUGAACAGCGUGCCUGGGUGGUCCGUGUGAACUUGCUCGUUGGCCAGGCGGUUCUCGACGCCAGCGUUGACGGAAAGCCAGUGGAAACUCAGGAGUACGGGCCUAGAGAAUCUGACGAUGGCACCUUGUGGUAUGGUUAUUGGCCGUUUGGAGGCGAGGGAAGUGCACCUGCCGCGCGUGCUGGGAAUGUGGUAGAGAUCCAGGUUCCUGCAGGCACCAGCAAACGCAAAAUUGUGGUAGUCAUUGGUGAUAAGCAGAAGCCCGAGGCCAAGAAGCCCGAGACCAAGAAGUCUAAGAGCGCGGAGCCCAAAGGAACAAGUGAGACCAAGAAGCCUGAGGCCAAGGCCGCGACCAAGGAGGCCAAAGGAAAGAGCGAGACCAAGAAGCCUGACGCCAAGGCCGCGACCAAGGAGGCCAAAGGAAAAAGCGAGACCAAGAAGCCUGACGCCAAGGCCGCGACCAAGGAGGCCAAGGGAAAAGACGAGACCCAGAAGCCGGCAAACAAGAUGAAGCCAACCCCAGCAACGACGACCGACGCCACCGAAGAGGUGCAGACGGACGCGGACGCCGUGAUCGAGGCCUGGGGGCUCUCGGAGCACGCGGCACAGAGGUUGCCCCAGGGCACGGCUACCACAGCCGGCACCGGCGGCUGCCUGCUCGCCGUGCUGGCACUUGCCGGCGUCGCCGCGCGCGUGGUGCGCUGGCGCGCGCCGUACGAGCUGGUGCGGGGGCCGCCGCUGUCGCCAGAGGCAGCCGCGCCGCUAGCCGAGGAGAGCCGUGCCGAGGAGGCGUGA